AUGCCUAAAUCAGAGUUCGAUUUUACUUUUAAAUUUUUUCAUCCUCCACAACGUACUGUUCCUUUUCAUAAUGGUCUUUUGGAUACACGUACGAAACAUACUAUAGCACAAGAUCGUCAUGUUGUUGCUGAACAACGUUUGCUUGAUGCUGAACGACGAAAAUCAGCCAAUAAUCUUCAAUUACUUGCAUUUGAACAAAAACGACUUGAAAAAAAAUUAGUAUCACUUAAUAAUAAUUUAAAUUCUACUUUUACCAAUCGACCUUUUAAAAUGCGUGGUCGUUCAACAAGUGAAGUUAUUUUUCGUAAUAUGCAUCGAACAGGUUCUUGGACUGAAACAUUAGCAACACGUCAUUCAAAAUUAUCUGUGAGUUUAAGUAAUAGCAAUCAAAAUCUAUUACCUCUACCAAAAAUGGAUGAUUUUGAACGACGUUCUUCAACAUAUUCUGAUGGUGCUACUACGGAAAAUACAUUUUCUACUAGCGAUAUGGAAAGUGGUGAAGAAGGAGACAAUGAAAUAAGAAAAAAAUCAAAAUCUUAUCAUAAAACUACUAAUCCUAGAAGGAUAGCAGUAAAAAGGAAGACACUUCCAAAACUUGUUGUUAAACAAAAUAAACCGUUGCUACCUAUUGUUGCUGUUAUUCCACCAGACGAAGACACUUUGUUUUUUAUACAAUAA